UACACUCUUUUGACUUUAGGGUUAUAUUAGGAUUAUAUACUCUGUCUUUCAUCUUCAUAUCUAUGAUUGACACUGAGGUGGACAGGAUAUCAUAGAAGACAUGAGGGCCACUCCUUGAAACCCAGGUGUAUACUCUCUCAGAGGUCAGAGAGGCAAUGGAAGGAAGGAUACCCUCUCUCCAAACAUCACUUUGCAUACUGAUUUGCAUGUGUUCCAUUCAUGGAGGGAGCCUGGUUUAGAUCAUUCCCUGCAACUUAACUCCCUCACCUCGAAACAAUCAAAAUCUUAGCCUCACAUUGGCAGGAACAAUUUUCUCUCUCCCAGACAGACAACGCUGCCAUGGCAAUAAAGUGAGUUCCUUUAUCACUGAUUCUGUAGAUGAAUGCCGCUAUGUUUCAAUACAAGUUACAACUUAUUACAAGAAUGAGGAGUCUAUUAUGUGCAUUUUGCAUUUAAGUUACUAUAAUGUAUUGGAUUACAGGUCAUUUGAAUUUUUCAAAGAUCUUUUCACUGGACUAUAAAACGUAUUUUUGAAAUGCAAAACCAUUGAUGGACCGUAAUUCAUCUAAUUUCUUUCCAGGUGUGAGGCAGAUUUGAUAUUGUGUUUUGAAAAUCACUGAUUACUGCGCUAGUGAUGGAUCUGAACACUCUUUUCAAGGGUAGAUUUUGUUGCUUUCUCAAGGACCCACUUGAAGAGGCUGAGACUUGGGGAGAGUCUGUGGACAAACUCCUGUGUAGUAAAUCUGGGCAGGCAGCUUUCCGACAAUUCCUGAAGUCAGAGUAUAGUGAGGAGAACAUCCUGUUUUGGCUGGCCUGUGAGGACUACAAGAAGAUCAAGUCUCUUCCAGAGAUGAUCUCCUCUGCAAACAGGAUCUACUCUGAGUUUGUGGAAUGUGAAGCACCCAGACAGAUCAACAUUGAUUGUGGGACCAGAGAAAAUAUCACCAAGAACAUCUCCCAGCCGAGCCUGACUUCCUUUGACGCGGCACAGAAGCUGAUCUACAGUCUGAUGGCCAGGGAUUGUUACCCACGAUUCCUCAAGUCAGACAUCUACCAGGAUUUGCUGAGGAGAGCAGAUGCAAGGUGACUCUCUUGAAUAACAAACACUCUAAGUGUUUCUCAACAUUCUAUGUACCAGACACUGGCAAGCUAUAGUCCCUCUAUCCAUGGAGGACCACUUUUUUACCUUAUUUUCGACUUACCUAGGAUGUUGUUACCUAUGGUUUAGUUUAGCAACGUCCAGAAUAUCCUGGCUAGACUGUGUUUAAAUGUAGCAAUGCACGUGGAAAUGGAUUGUAUCGUUCCUUAAAACUAGCACCUGAGAACUGACUAAAUGGCUGUCAGCUAACCAUUUAACCAGGAACUGGUCGAGAACAACCCAGAAGUUGAGAAACACAUUCUUUCGCCUCUUUCAUCUACUUAUGCUUACCAUGUCAUUGCAAUCCAUGUCCAAACAAUAUCAGAGAUAUCUUUUCUUUAACCGGUGACUACAUUUAAUGGGUUGAUUCCAUCCUCAAUGAAUGUAUAUAGUAUAAUGUGUGCAAUGUUGGUUGUAUUUAACUAAGUUAUUUGUAGAGAGUAAAAUGCCAAGAUGUUGCCCCUUUGACUAUAAAUUAGAUGACGAAUAAGUUCUUAAUUUGUAUCAAUAGUAUUAUCACUUCUGUAUGUAAUCAGAUACUGUCUCAAAUUGAAAUUAAAAUGAUCUGAAUGAAUCAAGCAUCAAAUUUGAAAUAAAAAACUAUGCAAAUGA